AGAAGAGAAGCUAAAGUAGUAUACCACAGCGGAAAGAGAAGAGAAAGAAGCAAGGGAGAAAAGAUUGGGGGAGGAAUGGAGGCAAACAAAAACCGAUUCAUCGAAGAUUGGAGCUCUGCGCGAGAGAAUUUGGAGUACAAUUUUCGCUGGACUCGCCGUAACUUGACUCUCGUCGGCAUUUUCGGCAUCGCUAUCCCUGUCCUUGUCUACAAGGGCAUUUUUCGAGAAUUUCAUAUGCAGGAUGAAGAUAAUGGUAGGCCAUACAGGAAGUUCCUGUGAGUUAUUCUCCGCGAUGUUUGAUAAUAAAGGUUGAUGAGUUAAACUGGGUUUUAUCUUGGACAACAAAUUGUGUUAACAACUAGGUUUCAAAACUCAUUGUUCAUCACUUCAUCUUGAUCAGUAUCAUGUAUUGCUCCUUUUAAGUUUUCGGUGUACUAUUUUAACCUAUCAUUUGAAUAUUUGGUGCAUAUAUAAUCUGGGUUUUC